CUCUAGAACUCACAUACUUUUCAGUGCCCUCUUUCUCCUACACAGUCACAUGCUGACUUUAAAAACAUUGGCACACUUAUAUAGCAGCAUUCGCUACAGCAUGGAUAACACAUCAGAGCCCAAUACACCCAGAUGACCAGUCUCCGGGGUUUCCUUAAAACAGAACAGAAAACAGCAAACAUGUCUGACCUCAGAAGCUUCAACAAGUACAAUUUUCUUGGUCCUCCCAAAAGGCUGGUCCUUUCUGGAGAUUCUGAAACUAAACCUUUGAUCUUCACAUUUGUCCCGACCAUAAGAAGACUACCGACUCAUACUCGGGUUGCUGAUGCCUCUAAAUAUCUUGUUAAAAUUCAUGAAGAACCAAGAAAUAAGAGCCAAGAAACAGUAAAUAGGUCUAACUCCGAUGAAUUCUCGGACCACCUGACUUCAAAAAGUGGAAUCCGACAGGAAAGUGAUACCCGGACAUACGUGUGGUCUACAGAAACUGGCCAAAAGGUUUUCCAAGGAAGAGGCCUUAAAUUGAAUCAAGCAGAAACAAUGCAGCAGAGUGAUCUUUUCAAAGCAGAAUAUGUCUUUAUUGUGGACUCUGAAGAGGAAGAAGAAGCCAUAAGCAGAAAGGAGGACAAACAGCCCCCUGUAGGGAAUGGUCAUAGGUUGGCAAGACCCAAGUCCCUAGCUAUAGCCCCAGGGCCUGUCACUGCACUGCAAAAGCCACAUCAUGGUGACUUCCAAGUUCCAGGACAACCUGAGCUUCCUCGAGAUGCAGCCAAUCAACAAAAGCAAGUACAGUUAACUUCUCUCUCUACUACCUCUGAUCAGCUCUCCUGUAAAUCACCUGCUCUCUUUGUUUCACCAACUAAUCUGAAAGCACAAUCUGACACGGGUAGCCUGCACCAAGCCUCUCUCCUGGAAGAAUUGCAUACUAAGAGGGUGGAUCCACGUGGGUCAACCAUGCAAGAGACUUCGACAUAUUUUCAAGGGACCACUUACUCUUCCCCUUCUUUUGUAUCAGAGGAAACAACCUCAGAGAUAAAAAGCACUCAGAUAUUAGGUUCUAAACAGCUAAAAGAUAUCUCUAGCCCAACCUUGGCUAGCCAAAAGUCUGAAUUAAAGUCAGAAACUUUAAGCAAGAGUUCAACUCCCCCCUCACAUCUUAUCAGUUCAAGUGGAAGUCAGAGCUUCACUGCUCAGGUCCCGCCCUCAACUACUCCCAAGUCUGAUUCAUCAUCAUAUAUACCUGUCCGUAUCAUCACACAUUCAUUAUGCCCAAGUCCUAAACCAUUGAAUUCUACUUUCUAUGGGUCCUCUUCAACUUUAUGUAGCCAAACUUCAUCUAGUGGAAAUCUUGCAAAGUCAGGAGUUAAGUCCCCAAUACCAACUCGACUUUCUCUUCUGACUGCUAUUUUGAAGUCAAACCCUUCUCAUGGGAGACCCUUUUCUCCUGCAUCCUGUCCCACCUUUUCUUCCAACUCCUUAACUUCAUCCACACUCACACUGGAGCAAAAGGUGAAGAGAACCCCACCUACUCCUAAGAAAUCUUACUCUAGUUUCUCCCUCAGGGAAGAAUCUCCAGAUCUAGAGGAACACCAGCCUUCUGAAGGCCCCCAUCAAUCAGUUCACUCUCCUUUCUUCACCAAGAUUAGUCCUGUCUCUCAGGAAGCCCCCCUUUCCCAUAAUAAGCCCUUAAGUGGCAGUCCACUUUUUCCUAAAUUAGGGAGAGUCCCUUCACCCCCUGUUUCUCCUAAGAGGAAUACAAUCCCACCACAAUUACAAAGCAAAAUAGUGAAUUCAUCAACCCUUCCCCCUAUUCCACCAUGUUCUUCUGCUGUUUCCCUUAAUAGAGAGAACCAUGAAGCUGACUCCAAAGGUUUAGCUCCUGAAAAGCCCAAGAGGCUUCAUACAUACUCAUCCACUUCAUCCUCUUCUAUCUUAAGUUCUGUUUCGGAUCCUGCUAGCCAAAGAAACCCUCUGUCUUUUCCAAAUGAGUAUUCCUUUCCAACUACUCCCUUACAUCCUACAUGUCGGUCAAAAAUAGCUUCAUCACAGUUAUUAGCUAAGGAGAAGAAUUUAAUAUCUACUACUUCUCCAAGCCUGUCUAUCCCCAGUUCUCUCUCUCAUCCUAAUUUGGGAUCCUUCAUUCCUCCUGCUCAUAAUAUUAAUUCCCAUACAGUCCAGCAGAUUUCAUCCCUGCACCCAAAUUAUCGAGUUAGUACCUUCCCCGCCAGACCUACAAUCCCCCCUGAAGCCACAGUAACACAUACUAGAUCCCCUGUUUCAAGCCUGGCACCUCCCAUAUCCCUAACAAGAACCAAGGAGUCGACUUCACCACAACCUCUGUCCCUGCCUUCAGACCCUGAAAAUAAGAAAGCCAAGCAAUACAAGAUCAAGUCCAACUACAAGGCCUUUGCAGCAAUCCCUACAAACACAAUACUUUUGGAACAGAAGGCACUAGAUGAACCUGCCAAGUCAGAAAGGAUCACCAAGGACAGCACAUUAGACUCGCAUCUGGAGUUGUGUUCCCCCGCACAGCUCAGGCAGCAAACUGAAGAGCUCUGUGCUGCCAUUGAUAAGGUCUUACAGGAAUCCUUGUCCCUGCAUCCUUCAGAUUCUCCUUCAAGUUCCAUGCAGACAUCAUUGGGUUCUGAUGGGAAAAAAAUGCCUGCAACUCUUCCGAGAGCAGCUGGUCGAGAAACAAAAUAUGCAAAUCUCGCUCCCCCAUCAUCUACAAUGGCUGUGAGUCAAUUGACAAAACCUGGAGUAAUUCGGCCAGUUUCAGUAAAAUCCAAAAUUGUAUUGAGGAAAGAAGACGAGGAGACAUAUGAGCCAAACCCUUUCAGUAAAUACUUGGAAGAAAACAGUGGCCUCUUUGCUGGGCAGGGGGUGCUUACAAAAUUACACCACAUAGGUGACUCCUAUUUUCAAGGUCAUCCUUUGUGGGCUAUACAUAUUCUCUUUGGCACUAGAUCCAUUGAUAAGGAUGCUACUUCUCUUCAUGAUGCUGGUCCUCUCCAUCCUCUCUAUAAGACUAAACAAUUUCUUCCUGCUAAAUCACUGUUGCAUCCACAGAGCCUCUCAUAUACUGACUGUCUUUCCCCUGGACCUUUCAGUCAUUUGUCCUCUAUCUCUCUGGGUGAUGGACAUGUGAAUUCCCCUACUUCAUUCAGUUACAACAGAUUGUAUAAUAAGCCAAGUCAUCCAAUAGUAACUAUUCCUGAAAAUGAAGCCCUUGGUUUUAAAGAGCAAUGAUCCAAGAGCAGGAGCUAAAACCCUGGAUGUGGAAGCCUUUGGGAAGCUGGUGCUCAAUAGAUUUACAUUUUUUUUUCCAGACAGAAUUCUCUCUUUAUUAACUGCAAUGCAGCAAUAGCACUCAAAAAAGUUUCCUGCAGACACAGAACAUUGAGAGUAACCUCCUAAUACUCAACAGAAAAGAGAUAUACUUCCAGGGAUGUUAACAGAACUUUAAUGCCUACCAUUAAGUUGACAGUGAUACUUACAUGUCCUUAUAUUUAGACACCAAAUCAAAGCACAUUAUGUGUAAAUAAAGUAUUGGCUCUGA